AUGGACUUCAAGACUUGCAUCUGUUCAAUCUUGGACAAGCUGCAGUUGGUUAUGGAAAAGAGAUAUUUUUGCCAACCUCAUCAUGUUUUGCAAGUGCAUUACCUGACGGUGGAGUUAAGACUGGUGAAAACAUUUGUCCUGUGUUCAAGGAGAUUGGCGUACUCUUCCGGAGUUGAAGACUCUGUUCAUGGAGGAGCUUACAGGUUUUACAAGCUGCUUCUUGGGUCAGAGGAUGGAUUGCCCCCCAGCGACUUGGCUGCAGCGGUCUCUGGUUUCCGAGAAACUCUAAUGGAUUGUAAACAUAAAAUAAGCGAAGCGUAUGCCGAGAUGUUCGAGUUGGUUAUGCAAUCCAUUGCUGGGGCAAGAAUCCGACGGAGAAUAAGAGAAUACCAGCCCUGGAAUCUGUUGGAUCGCUUAGUGAAGCCCAGUUUUUCAUCAGCAGACGAAUUCUUGGAAUUCUUCCACUCCUUCCUGGAGAAUGUUAAGGACGUUAUGGAAUGUGGUUUAGGAUGUUGUGGAAUGCUGGAAACCCUUCAAGAGAAGUUGGUUUCCCUUGACAAUUUGAUUCAGUUUGCCACGCUACGAGGCAAGCCCCCCGGGCUAGUGAAGAAGCUUUGUGGAGCUGUGGUUCUAUCUGCAGCACAUCUUUGUUAUAUUUACUAUUUGUUUUUAGAUGAUGGUAGUCAAGCAUUUGAUGAACUUAGAUUGAAGAUUACUGAAUCAGUAGAGAACAUCAAGCAUGCUUAUCAGCAAGUCCGUUUGGCUUGCUUUGGCGUCUUGCAAUCUGGAUCAUCUUCGCUCAUUGUGUCCACCCAGACCGAUAGGUUUAUAGUGGGGAAUUUUGUAAGUUCACUUCUAGCAAAUCUAUUUGAGUUACUACUAAAUUCUCCUUCCUGUUUUAAUAGAUCUCUGAAGCAUCACUUGAAGAUACUCUAUGAGGGGCUUCAAUUCCUGAGCAUCAUUCUCCAAAAGCAGCAAGAGAAGUAUGAUGGACUACCUCGAAGAACCAAGGAUCUUAUUGGAGCUGUGGUCGAAGAUGCUGCAAUUGUAAUUUUCUCACUUUAUCAGAAGAAAAUCCGAGAAGCUUCGGCCAAGGAAACAGAUGUUAAGCUCUUUUGUUUACUGUACAAGAUUAAGCUUAUUAAGGCAGAAGUUGAGGAACAGCAUCCUGUCGAUUUAAGGUUUAACUUUCCUACGACCAGUGAACUGGGGUUUAUCGAUCUUCUCCUACAAAAAUUGAAGGAACUGGCAAGCAGUAAAGUGGAUCCACUUGCUUUUGCUAGGGAUGGAGCUGGCUUCUUAAAAACGUACUUGAAGAAGACCGAGGAAGAUUCCCGAAGGUCUUUAAAGCAGGAAGUUCCAAAAGGGCUCCGAUUACCUUGGCUGAAUGAGAUGGAGCAGCACGACCUGCAACACAAGCUCCAACUUCAAAGAUUGAAAAAAGAUAUUUCAUUCUUAAGAUCAUUUUUGAAAAAUUAUUUGGAGCAGCACAGCCGGAAAGACAAUCUCAACCUUCAAACAAUGCAAGAUGGUCUUUUAUUCUUAAGAUCGUGGUUGGAGAAUCAUGGGGAGCAAUGCAAUCAGCACAAAGAACUUCAAGCCCUUUGGAGUCGUGUUAUAGAGGUAGCAUAUGAAACAGAGUUUGUUUUUGACUCCUUAAUAGUUGGAGAUAUAUCAUUUUAUUCCCUGCUAUUAUUUGAUAAGAUCACACAAAAAGUUAAGCUUCUUAAAGGUGAAGCCCUGAAGAUUCAUGACAAAAAUUAUGUCUUCAAAUCCCUGACAGCUAUCACAAGUUGUUUAAAUUGUUCCCCAACAACAAGAAGCAAGUGGAGUGGCAGUAACAAAGAGCUUAGUACUGAUAGUGCUACUCAAAUUGAAGCUGUGGUGGGUUUGAAUGAGGUAGAAGUGAUAAUCAAUCAACUUAAAGGAGGAUCAAUGCAGUUGGACAUGCUUUCCAUUGUGGGGAUGCCUGGGAUAGGUAAGACAACUCUGGCACAAAAGGUUUACCAUGAUCCUUCAGUUACAUCUCACUUCCAUGUUCGUGCUUGGUGUUGUAUCUCUCAAACAUAUAACAAGCGAGAUCUGUUGUCUGAGAUUUUGGCUUGCAUUGAUCAGAAAGCUCAAUUUUCUGAGAUGAAGGAAGAUGAUGAUUUGGCUGAUAUAAUCCGUAAAAACUUGAAGGGAAAGAAAUAUCUCAUAUUUCUGGAUGAUGUAUGGGAUAUUGAGGCAUGGCAUACUUUGAAAAUAUCGUUUCCUGAUGAUGCCAAUGGAAGCAGAAUUCUCUUAACAAGUCGGGAUCAUGAGAUUACUGGAAAUCGUCAUGUUGUUCAGCUACUUACUGAUGACGAAAGCUGGGAAUUACUACAGACAAAUGUGGCAAAUGCUAGAGAAGAAGUCUACCCUCCAGAACUGAAUGUUCUUGGGAGGAAAAUAGCAAGAAACUGUAAGGGGCUGCCUUUAUCAAUUGUCAUCAUAUCUGGAAUUCUUGCUACUCUAGAUCAAGCUGGUUGGGUGGAAGUCUUGAAUAGCCUAAGUUCAAACAUAGUUUGUGACACGGAUCAAUGCAAGAGUAUACUGGAAUUGAGUUACAUACAUCUACCUGAUCAUUUAAAGCCAUGCCUCCUUUACUUUGGAGCAUUUAGAGAAGAUCAAGCAAUUCCUACCCAGAGGUUGAAGUGGUUAUGGAUCGCUGAAGGAUUUGUUCAGAAGAAUGAGUCAAAAAGCCCAGAAGAAAUUGCAGAAGGCUAUAUAACGAGUCUAAUUAAGAGAAGCUUGGUUACAGUGGGGAAACAGAGAUCUUUAGGCGGGGUCAAGACCUGCCACAUUCAUGAUUUGUUGCAUAUGUUUUGCAAGGGAAAAGCCAAAGAUAUAAAUUUUCUACAAGUGUCUAAGGAGGCGUUUGAUGGGCCACACCACCUACGUCGGUUAUCAUACAGCUCUGAUCUCAAGUAUAUUGCAAAAUCAAGGAUACUUUUUACCCGUAUACGCUCUCUACUGCUGCCGUGUAAUUACUUCAGCAGUAAAGACACGGACUAUAUACUAUCCUUUGUUUUUUUCCUGAAACUUCUUAGAGUCUUGGAUUUGGAAAAUACGAGGUUAGGCUUUACUUUCCCAAGUGAAUUAUGCUUGCUUGUUCAUUUGAGGUACUUGGCAGUAAAAUUUCAAGGCCGUAAGCUGAAGAUCCCAUCCUCACUUGCGAACCUUUCAAACUUGGAAACUUUACUUCUGACGGUACAUUGUUUUGACAGAGGACAUUGUUUACUGCCUAAAUCUCUGUGGAACAUGCAGAAAUUGAGGCAUCUCCAUGUGCAUGGUGCUUUCAUUGAUAUUAGGUUGGCCAAUGACAGCCUUGACAACUCCUCCACUUUAUAUGAUUUAGCCACCUUUUCCACUCCAAAGUUUUAUCUGGGGCAAAGCAUGGUACAGAUGAUGAGAAAGUUUCCAAAUGUUCGUGAACUGAAAUGCCGUUUGCUAGAAUCCGAAGAAUCUAUUGGGGAGAGCAACGCCAUUGCGGAAAUGGGCUUUCUGACUCAACUAGAAUCACUAAAGCUGACUCUAGGUAAUGUGACAGCACAUCAUAUUGAAUUUCGUCUCCCCUUAAAUCUUAAACAGCUGACCCUUGAGUACUUUCCUUGGAAUAUGAUUUCCACAAUAAAAGAAAUACAUAAUCUUCAGGUUCUUAAGUUACUUCGACCAGCUGAUGGAGUAGAGGAAUGGGACAUGGAAGACAUGGAAGAAGAGGAAACCUUCCCUAAACUCAAAUUCUUGAAAUUGGAAUACUUGCAGACAGUCAGGUGGAGAGGCUCAGGACAUCAUUUUCCCAGUCUUGAGAAAUUAGUUUUGAAACGUUGCCAGGAAUUGGAAGAGCUGCCUUCUUGUUUAUGGGAAACAGUUACUCUUCAAUUGAUUGAGGUGCAUGGAUGUCUACGCUCUACUGGAGAUUUUGUUCGAGAUAUCAAGAAACAGCAGGUGUACUACGGAAAUGAGGAUCUGAAAAUCCUUAUCUCACGUGAAAUUGGUCUGAGUUAA